AUGGCAGAUCUAGCGCUCGCAAUCAUUCCGCUCGGCCUCAAGACAUGUUCUGGGCUUGUGAGUUACCUAAGCGGGCUCAAAGAUCACGAUGAUGCUAUCGCUCGACUCAAACGCCUCACGGAGUCUCUCGAAGGCAGUUUCCGCUUACUUGAAGGUUUUCUAAAGAGCGGCCAGCUGAAUUCCUCGACCUCGCAGGCUGUGGCUCAAGCUCUACAAUGCUUGACCAAUUGCGAGAACGCCUUAAGCAACCUCAAGGAGUUUGGAGAUAAGCUUUCCGCGUCGAAAAUGCCUGACCCUUCGGUGAAAGACAGAGUCAAGGGUAGUUAUCGCAAACUCGCCUACCCGCUGCGGCAAGAUCAGCUUACGCAGUUGGAAAAUACAUUAGAAAGUCUUUGUACACCACUCAACUUGGCUGUCCAGAGCUUGCAGCUAGAGAUACAAGCUGCGACGUCUGAUGCUCUGAUCUUGAACACUACAAGACUUCAACAAACAUCAGAUGACGUCUCGACCCUUACUUCUGAUGUAUCUGGUCUUCGUGACCCCAUUUCAAGUAUCGAGACGAAACUUCCAUCACUUCAAACUUCCGUCGACGGCAUUGCUCCACACAUCAGCUUGAUGAUCCAAGCACAGUUCAAAUCUCAAAUGGACGAGAUCAGACACUCGUUCCAACAAGCCGAGUCUACAGCACGCCAACGUAAUGCUCAAACAAAUGAAAUACUAUCACAGCUGCAAAUUGAUCAUCGAAAUCCUGUCCCUGUUAUUUAUAAGCUUGCUGCAAAGCCAAGUGCGCUCUCUACAAUUGCUUCUUCAGUUCUGGCAUGUCCUUGUCGCGCAAGGAGGCUCCGCACUAGGAAGACACUUCGUUUUGGGCCACUCUACUUGGUUGAUGAGACGACCACCGAUAUUACUCACUACAAGGACUGUGAAUUUGGUUUUGUCGACCCCAAGUACUCACGAAGUCGUACAAUCAGAAUUUCUAGCUUUGUUCGACUAAUAAACAAAGCUGUUGAAUUGACUCUGCGUACGACUGGAGGAGCAGGUGGCUUUAGCAUCAGCCCGUCUUUCACUUACUUUGCUGAGGUUAACGAAAAUAGAUCCCCGGCAUUUAGGGUUUUUGAUAUACUGAUGCGUAGCAUCUCCUCAACCCAGUGGGCUAUGAGAAACUGCCCAGAAUUCUUCUUCAAGUCGAUCAUAGUCAAACUACAAGCUAUAUUCAAUACAGGAACGGCGAUGCCUACUGAUCUCGGCCCACGAGGUUGCUCUUUGCUACACCGCUUGACUCUUGUUAUGAACUGUUGUGGCAUGGAAGACUUUAACUUCGAACAGCAGCAAUCUACACAUGCCGGUCUUGAGCAAUUACUCAAUUUCCUGAUCACUGCAGGAACACCACUAUCAGCUGUUAACUCUGAGAUGGCGUGGCAUAUAGCUGCUAAUGAUUUGGUACUUCCAAUGACCAUCAUCAGUCGGUUACAUGUUGAGGAUAUUGAAGUAGCUCCAAUAGUAUCGAAUGUGCCCAGGUACAGUCAUUUCACCCAGGAAGACUUUAUCAAGGAUGAGACUUUGAACCAGAAGUUUGUUGAAGGUUUAUUCGGACCACUAACGCUCGCUAUUCUGCGUAAUGAUAUAGAGGAGGCGAAGCAGCUGAUCAACAACUGCCCAGAAUGUCUGGAUGAAAUUAGUUUCUAUGGCCAGACUCCCUUUCACUUCGCAAUAGAGAAUCCAGAGAUUCUAGAACCUUUGGUAAAAAAAGCCAACCCAGAACAAUUAGUCCGAUCAAGCAGAGUAUUCUCAAUGGAAAUAACCCUUCUCGGCAGAGCAAUCCAGGUCAGUGCAGACAUUUGCCACAACCAGGAAAACAAAGAUGGGACUUUUUGCCCUUGCACCACGGCAGUCGAACUUCUUCUAGCAGCUGGUUGCCCAAUUAUACCCUAUCGUGAUUUCUCGAAGCCCAUGAUUCUUGACCAGGAUUGUUCUACCAGUCUGUUAAUCUACGCUUCAAAUCACUGCAAAGUUCUUCUUGCUAAGAAGUUGCAAUCGUAUCGGCGGGAACUGGGACAGGUAGCUCAAAGGAAGCUGCCGAGAUCAGUACACAGUGUGUAUUACUCUUUGGUGUCAGAGACAAGUGUGCAUGCUAUCGAGUUGGAUCGAAUACUCCGCGACAGGGGUCUAUUAGGUUUUGGUCGUCUGUCGACAGCAUUAUCUCACGACCUGAAAAGGCUACCAACUGGGAAACACCAUUCGAGAUCCAUAUACCUGGAUAUUAUCGAUCCUGAAGAUGCAUUUAUCUUCUGGGAUCUAGGGUUUUCCGAUAUCGAUGAUCAUUGGACAGACUGGGCGUUGACAGAUGGGACUGGCCCUGGUUUUGGCGGGAGCUUUCGAGAGUUUCUGGGAACAGUUACACCGACUUAUGCAAUGUGGCUGUAUGAACACUGCCCUAACCUCUGGAGUUUAGUUUGUGAGCACCAGAAACCUGAGUCACCUAUCUUUGUUCUGGCGAAAAUCAUUCUCAGUCGCCACCGUGCUCAUAAUAUUGGAUAUGACGAGAUGGUACAGUAUCUCGUUAAUUCUCCUUUAACCAUUGAAGACACCGACGAUUGUGUGUGUCAAUGCUCACCCCAAGGAUGUACACCUUUUGCUCAUGGAAUCAAAUUCUUGGAUACCAUGUUCUUGGACAACGAUUCGCUUCGAUUCUUUGUCAGCGAAUAUGGACAGAUGCUGAGUCUGAGUCAACAUAUGGCUGUUUUAAGGCAAGCGACCUUUCAGGAGCUUCAUAUGGAACACACAUGUGUCGACAGACUAGGCCACUUAGAAGAUGGGUCGUUAGAAAGCGACUUUGAUCCUUCGGCAACGGAUUUAGAGUUGGAAACGUUCCUUAACGAACUGGUCAUGGAAUAUCAGGCGUUUUUACUCCGUGACGCCGACGAGUCAUCUUACGAAAAUGGAGAGUGCUGCGAAGAUUUUACUCUCAAAUUGAGCACCAGAAGGCAUUCGCGUGCUAUGUUGUUCUGGGAUUUUAUUUGGCCAUCGAGAGUGCACGACAUUGAGAAAAAAUUGGAAUCCUCGUGGAUGCCGGAUCGAGAGGUCUUGCGAGACCUAGGAGUCUCCCUUUGGAUGGAAGAUGAAGAACAGAUGAAUAGAUAUAGGGUACCGACAGAGGAGGAUUCCAGACACUCGUUUCGUGAAAUGAUGGAGAAGCUUGAAAUGAUCAAAUAG